GUGGCUAUAUAUAUUAAAUAGUCUUGGUUUGUCAUUGCUAUUGGUUAUAACAUUUUAACACUUGACAAAAUGAAGUAAUGUUGCUACAAAGAAGCCUGCCCAUACUAGCAACAUGACCUGUUGCUCAGUUCCUCUGAGCUGUUGUACUUAGGCUAAAUGCUGCUGUUUUGUGCAGUCUGUGUGUGGGCAUGUUGUUGAUGACAAGGACCAAUAAACAAACUGUGGACUGGGUGCUAGCGUUAAACGUGCUUUCAAAAUUCUGCAAAGGUGUCAAUUGGCCAUUAUUUAGCCAUUCUUGCACAAUUCGACCGAAUUGACGUUUUUUCUACAGUCCUCGAAAGCAGCACCAUAUCGCAGCGUCGAACCAGGUGCCUCUGCCGGGCGGCUUCACAGCCAAUGGAGGGAUUAUAACGGGGUGGUAUGGCGGACAGAGGAAAGAGGAAAGCCAGCCCGCCUGGCCGCAACAUCCAGGUGACCUCCCCAGCCAGCUUCAGGUUGACCCAUGAUAUCAGCCUAGAGGAAUUUGAAGAUGAUGACCUGUCAGAGAUUACAGAGAUCACGGACGAGUGCGGGAUGAGCCUCAACUGCAAUGGCCCAGAUAUAAAGGGCCACAUGAGACGAGGAACCAAUAGCAUGUCAGGGAGGGCAGAACUGGGUGCCGUUGGGCAGCUUCAGGCAGAGAUGCUGCAUUUGGAGCUCAUAGACGGCGCUGACGGUUACCGCGGUGAAAAAGAGUCCUCAAAGGCAUCCAUUAUUGCACCCCCGCCAGUCAUCAAGGACCCUGCAGCACCUGUUACCAUGGAUACCUACCGGCCCAAGAGACCCACGACCCUUAACCUCUUCCCGAUUGUGCCACGGACACAGGACACAUUAAACAACAACUCCUCUGGGAAAAAAUACAGCUGGCAGGAGAAGGUUUCGGGCUCAUCCUCACCUCUUAAAACAGGUGAUCUCACCCCUCUACGUGAGCAUAGCUGUCUGAGCGACGAGGAUAAGGUGCAGGGUGGGGCGGCGCAGACCAAAGACUGUGGUACUUCCACCGACGCUCCUUGCAGACACAGACACACAUCUGGACACUCUACAGUGGCUGUGACACGCUCCAAGGAUCAGGAAAAGCCACCCGCUCCACCACCACCACAGAACUACACACCAGCUCCUCUAUACCCAGCAGGAAAGACAGAUGGAGGUGGGCACCACCGGGAGAGAAUCCGCUACCACACGGAUGUUCAUCUAGAGCCCACAGAGGAGAUCUAUCUGACUCCUGUGCAGCGUUCUGCCGACCCCUUGGAGCCACCCAACACGCAGGGUCGGCCUUUCCUCUCACAGCAGACUGAACAGGGCCGCAUGUCCAUUAGCUCUGAUACAGAGGGCCCACCUCCUUACCAGCCACUCCCAGACCAAACAAACCCCUCUAUUUAUGAGGAGGAUGAGGUCUGUGUUCCCCCACCUUCAUAUGCUUCCUGUGUAGAGUCGCUCAUCACACCCCCCAGCGCAGCUCUUUCAGUUCGCUCCUCCCUCAUGCUGGAUCCCAGCCUUAAGAGGGCAGGAACAGGGAACGGGGCCUUGUUGAGAGUCGUCAGUGGGUCGUCAGUGGAGUACGUGGAUGCCACUGAUGACAGCUACUGUGGGGAGGAUGAGGACGUGGACAGGAUAAUAAUGGAUAGAAGGAUGAGGAAGGGGGGUGGGAAGGGAGAAGGCUGCAGCAGCAGCAGAGCAGCUCCACUAAGGACUUCCAUGAGCUCAGAGGCCAGCGGCCUUUCAUAUGACUCAGUCAAAUACACACUGGUGGUGGAUGAGCAUGCUCAGCUAGAAUUGGUCAGUCUCCGGCAGUGUUACCAAGGCUACAGCGAUGACAGUGACUCGGCCACUGUCUAUGACAACUGCGUCUCCUCUCCCUAUGAGUCAGCUAUCGGGGAAGAGUACGAGGAGGAAGAUGAGGAGGAGGAUGAUGGAGCUCGGAUAGGAGGAGUGAGGAGAGAAGCCACGGCUUGUUUGUCCGAAGACUCUACUCCUGAGGCAGACCUCCACUUCUCCAAAAAGUUCCUCAAUGUCUUCAUGAACGGACGCUCCCACUCCUCCAGUGCAGAGUCCUUUGGCUUAUACUCGUGUGUCAUAAAUGGAGAGGAGAGGGACCAGAGCCACAGGGCUGUUUACAGGUUUGUCCCUCGACACGAUGAUGAGUUGGAGUUGGAGGUAGAUGAUCCAUUGCUGGUGGAGGUCCAGGCGGAGGAUUACUGGUACGAGGGCUACAACAUGCGAACUGGUGCCCGUGGGAUCUUCCCUGCUUACUAUGCUAUAGAGGCGACCAAAGAUACAGAGAGCUAUAAAGUGAAGAGCAGUGAAUGGAUGGACAAGUACCGGCUAAAGUUCCUCGGCUCAGUGCAAGUGCCCUGCCACAAAGGAAACGAUGUUCUGUGUGCGGCAAUGCAGAAGAUUGCCACCAACAGAAGGAUGACAGUCAAGUACAACCCACCUUCCUCCUGCAUCCUGGAAAUCAGUGUGAAAGGCAUCAAGCUUGCAGUUCAAGAGAACUAUUACGCUUGUGACAGAAGGAACGAGUGCAGUCACUUCUUCCAGCUAAAGAACAUCUCUUUCUGUGGCUAUCACCCCAAAAACAGCAAGUACUUUGGUUUUAUUACAAAGCACCCAGCAGACCAGAGAUUUGCCUGCCACGUGUUUGUGUCUGAAGACUCCACCAAACCUCUCGCAGAGUCAGUAGGGAAAGCCUUCCAGUUGUACUAUAAAGAGUUUGUGGAGUUUUCAUGCCCUACAGAGGACAUCUACCUGGAAUAGCUCUGCCCUGCCCUUCAACCACAGCACUGUACAGUACAAUGUAUCAUAAAUCAACACUGCAUGAAGGACAGACGUAUCUAAAAAUCUUUAUUUAAUAAAUAAAAUAAGAUUCACAUAUUUGACCAACAAGCAGGAAAAGAAGGCUCAAGUAUUAGAACUGAGGUUUGGCAAGAAGAGAUGAGAAUGAGCGAAAGGAGAGGAAAAUAUGCAAAAUGGAGUCAGUGAUGAGAUAAUGAUCACAGGGUAUUGGAAAGUACAAACAUUGUAUCACCCCAGCCUAGGCACCGCUGGUUAGCCUGUAGCAUUGUCUCAGCAGCUUUACAUGACUCUACCACACUGUACUUGCACUUGAGAUGUGGAAAAAUGAGCAUACGUGUUUGCUCUGACCUUACAUAUUUAGGGUCUGGGCAUGAGGGCGAUGUGUAAGUAUUAACAUCCUCACACUGAAAAUGUAGGAAUAGUUGUUGUAAUCAUUUGGAACAUCAGUGGGAAACAGCAGAUUCUGAUGGCUGUGAGACUCCCCACACGAUCUGCGUUAUGAGCUGUGCACAGUGCAAAGCAGGGCUCAGAGUACAGCGCAUACACACACAUAGGUUUGUGUCACCAUUCACCAGUGUAAGCCAACUAGCAACAUGAAACCUUUUUCUUCCUUCAUGGGGUCACUUUCAAACAACCGCAAAUCAAAAACUAAAUACUAAGCACAGUGGCAGGGUGUCACUAUGAAAGAUUUGUAAUGCUGAAAUGGAAACAAAUCAAACAGAUAUAAAAUGAUAGGAAAUAAACAUUUUAUUUGAUUUUUCUUUUGACGUAUGCAUCUACUGUGUUAUUUGGAGAGUAUAUGUUAAAUGUUAUGUUACUUUUUGUCUUCAAAAGCCGAGUCAGUUCUCCGGUCACAGUUUUGGGGCAGGGCUUAUUGGUAGUGACACUGGCCUUUCACAUUAAAAGUUUUCUUGUGGACCAGCCAAGCAGACUGAUGUUACUGCUACUGCAAACACUAUUAAUUAUUAGGUACUGGCUCAGUUCUCAGCAUGACAUGCACUGCAACUUUGAACAUAUGUAGAAAUUACCCAGAGAAGCUCUAUGUAAGAACGCAAAUGUCCCAGUCAGUUGGCCCAGACAUUAAACAGACCUCACCCUGCUAGCUCCCUACUUUAAAAUUCAUGUACUGUACAUAAUGUUUGAUUGGGCCCAUGUGUGAAUAGAUCAACAUAUUAUCUAGAGAAUUCACACCAAACUAGUGCAACUGGCACAAAACCAGAAGAAUAUAAAUAUCUGAGAAUAAAGAUGAGUCAUCUACCCGAAGACGGCAACGAAAAAGUCUAACUGGAGAAAUGACAAGAUUCAGAAACAUCUGCCAUUAAGGGCCCAUGCUGAAACGACGAGAGACUGUUUAUGACCAAAUUACAAACCACAUACAUAAAGAGCAAAUACAAAUAAAGUGUAUUUUACUUUAUAUAUGUUUGAUUUGUUUUAGUUUAGGCAUUAAAAUCUUUAUUUCAUAACAUCUAAGUUGUGCACAAUGCCCAAGGUACUGAAGAACAGCUGCAACAUCUAGCAUCUUUAUUUUCUCCACUGAUAGUUAAUGUAGAGGCAAAGUGAGUAUGCUGCAGAAUACUGUAUGUGUACAGGUCCUUCUGAUGAAAAAGCCUCACCUUUCAGCCAGUGGUCCUGUCAGAUGGAAGAGAAAUGCAGUACAAAAACCACCACUGUCGGUAGUCUAAAAUGCAGUAGCAGAUCUCUUAGUUUUCUGUGGGUUGAUAAGUAUUCUUGGAAAUUUUUGUAAUCAUUAACUGAAGAAAGAGCACACAGUGUGGUUCAGUCUAAAAGAAGGUCAACAUGGAAUCACAAUUCUUUUAAUGCACUGAGCAGCCUUUGUCCAUGCUAAGAAAACAAUGUGAGGGUUUACCUGUGUCAAAUUUUUUUUUUUUCUCCGUCUAGACUCAGUGGCACCUUCUAGUUGUACUGUAGUGCUAAGCUAAACAGACCACACCAUUUGCCCAGUCAAGCCUUAGUCCUUAAUUACUAGUCUAAUGCCAGACAUACUGCACUUCUUUACUGUGUGUUCUAACUACUGUAGCUAUAUAGUCAGUGACAAAGAUGCUUAAACCAUGGGGGAAAGACAUCUGUGUUAGGCUCUAUGGACGCUGAAAUGAGGUCCUGCAUAAACACUCUCCUUUGUGUGGUGUUCUAGAAAUGUAGUCCUCAUAUUUUCUACUUCAAAUAUAUUACAUGAUCUCAGAAUGGCAGUGAUCAGAUAAUAAGGCUGAUUAUUAGUAAAGUUUAUACAGGUGCUGACAAGAAGCAAAGGCAAAACUCCGGUGUCUUCAGAUCUUCACUAGUAGUGCCUCUUUUUCAUCAGAUCAUUGUGACCUUCCUCAGUGAACUUUAUUACUACAUUUUUAAUGUGUAUUGAGUUUAAAAGUUUGAAUGAAAAUUGAAAUCUUUCAGUACAUUUGGUGUGACUUGCACUUUUUCCACUGUACUAUGUGCUGUACUAUGUACCUGUGCUGUUAAAGUCCAGUCUUCAUAGUAUUUCAGAGCAUGCAGGGUGAAGCUGUGAUCAUACAGAGCCUUUAUAUCUGUUACCCGAGAGUUAAACAAGACAGAAAUAUUCAGUCUAAACCAAGAUAAACAACAGGAUACAAGUAUGUACAGCAGGAGGUAAAAAUGCAUGGUCUGUGGACCAGAGAAAGGUGCAGUAUAUGUGAUUCCGUUCUAUGAACACCUAUAGUCAGGCCCAUAGUCAAGAAAAGAAAGAUUUGGACCUAAACUUCUGUUUAAUGGAGACUUGAAAGCAAAUGCAUUAAAGUCCAAAAAUCUGAGCUACAACCAAUAAAUAAAUCAAAUAGCCACAAGCAAAGACACACAUCAUACUUAUUCAGUCCAGGCUUGGCCGCAACUACAGUAUGUACAUUACAGUGUAAACAACUUUUUACUGGUCAUUCUAAUAUUUGAAAAACCCACAUCUUGACUUGUGGGUUGACUACAGAUUUGAGCUGAGGUGAAAUGGUUGAUCAAUUAAUUGAGUAAUAAAGUAACAAAAAAUAACUUUUAUAAUAAUUUCAGUAUUUUUUCAUGAAAAAUUCCUAUCAUUAUGACCCUAAGCUUGAGACUUGACUUGCACUUGCCUCAAACGUCUACCAUGUCUUAAGCAUAAUGACAUUUUUGAGAAGUCUAGGUGUCUCCUGGUUUAACCUCCCUGAUCAGCUUCAUAGCUUAACAGAAAUUUUCACCUCUGUAUGUCACAUUGCUCCUUCCCUCUGUAGAUGCCACACAUUUUUUAUGAACAGAUUUUUGGGUUCUGCAUUAUUAAAAUUAACUUGAGCGACCACCAGAAAACACCAAAACUGCCAAAUAAAUUUUUAUAAAGUAUCAAGAAGUCAUGUUUUCAGUGAGGGCCCACGUGAUCACAACAGAAAACCAAAAGAUUGUUAUGGUAUUUUGAAUCAUCCAGCACAGGUACAACACAGCUGUUCUGCAGUGAAAAGCAAACUGUAGUAUAACACAAAACCCGAUUUGUUACAGAAUAAUUUACUGUAUGUGGUCUAUAUUUAGCCCAAGAUAAAAUGACUGUAAAAGAAGGAUUAAUUCAUAAAGAUGUGGAUGUGGAAAUUGUUAGUUCAGCC